AUGAAGGGGCAAUUUGAAGGUGUGGAGGUAGCCCACAACCUUCAUAUUGAGAACCUCUGGCCGACGCUCAUCCCCAAGUCCAACUUGGACAAGUACAUCCUCGCAGGGGUGCAGAGGUACUUGGGGUUGUCCGAGUUCGCCCUCGGUAUCAACGACGUCAUGGACCCCGCGAUGGAAAGGGGAGCUAGGAAGGUUGUCUUGGAGAUAGAGGCGGCCCGAAGGAAGAACGAGGACAUCCAACCAAUCCUCGACAAAUACGCCGACAGGGCGAUGAAAGGAAGGACGCUCGCGGUAAGGCUGCGGUGCAAGGCGCGAAAGCAUUUUCGUGAUAUGAAUUUCGCCUUGCUUCCCAUAAUGCAGCAGAUUACCAAGGCCUGCUCCUCUAUCUCCAGGCCCGAAGACAUUGCUGAUAUUCCUGGAAGCCCUUCAUUCGUCUUUCAGAUGCCAAGGGGAAUCCAAACGCCCCCGGGGAUACCGCCAAGGCCGGAUGAGGAACCGGAGGCGGUUGAAGCUGCAUCGCCCCCCAAGGGGAACAAUUCCGGGAGCCACGGCGGGGGCGGUACUUCAACUGACUCCAACACUAACAGCAGGGAUAAGACUGUCCAGUCUGGAGGGCUAGCUGGAGGAGGCCUUGGAGGCAUACAGGGCAUCGAAAUUGCGCGAGGCCCGCAGGCCAUUAUAGAGGCGAAGGCCGAAAAUGAUCAGUUAGACAAGUUAUGGAGGGACACAGAAGCCUAUUGGGAAGGCCACCUGAAGAACUCCAUACAGUUGGAGAUGUUGGCCAACAACCGCCUUCGGAAGUUCGAGGCUAAGAUCCGGAAGAAAAAGAAGGAUGACAGUCUGCCUGAGCCCGACCCCGAGGACUUUAUUCCUUGCAACUAUUUCAAGAGUGUCUUGGUACACCGCUUAUGCCCUGGUUGUUGUAAGGUGGGAUCGAUCCUCUGA